AUGAUUUACGAAGCAAAGCAGCUGUGUGCGCAUAUUCUCGAGCAGUAUAAAUUUGGCAACCAAAUUCUCUACAAACCACUCAAAUUCUUCAUGGGAGCUCAUCAUAAGCUCGCGGGAUUCGUGGCUCUCUUACUGCUCACUUCAAGCUUCUGCUACAGCAAGACGAACACGGUUCAGAUCACCGGGCUUGUGCAUUGUGCAGAAUGCAUUAGACAUGAUUUCAACAUAAGCCAACCAUCUAAAGGGGUUAGUGUCAUCAUAAGGUGCAAAUCUAAACAAGAAACAACUGAGGGAUACGGCGGAGUCGACCGGGACGGCAGAUUUGCCAUAGCCUUACAGUCUGUAGACGAAAGGACUGAUUCUGGAGGUUUCAAUGGAUGCUUGGCGAAGCUUCAAAGUACAACACGGCCGUGUCCCAUCAACACGGCCCAAACUGCAUCACUCCAGCUGAGAAUGCUGCACAAGAACAAAACCACACAUGAGCAGACACUGAUAGAAUUCUCCCCCACGAUGUGCCAAUCAGCUCUGUUCUGGCCAUUCCCUAACAUCACAACAUUCUUCAACACCCCCCCUCCUUCGCCGGAGCUGCCAAUUUCUCCGGCGGUAGCGCCGCCGCCUGCAUCUCCAUCUCCGCCACCACAAUCUGAUGGAAACUUCACAAUUCCGCUACCAGCACCAGAGCCUGCAAUUCAGAUCCCACAAGCUCCACCUCGAAACUUCCCAUACAACAGUCCUUCUCUGCCACCAUCAUCGCCCCCAAUUGAUGAGCCAAUCGCAAACCCUAACCCUAACCCUAAUUCGCCAACCCCAAUCUCCCAACCAUUGCCCAAUAAUCUCCCACCUCAACUCCCACCACUAAACCCUAAACCAUUUCCUCCACGAAAAUCACCCAGCCAAUUCCACAAGCAUCCUUCCCCUUCCCCAACUCCUCCUCCCGUCGGCACACCACCAAUUGAAAUAAAACCAAUUCCCAUUCCGAGAGCUCCUCCUGUUCCUAAACUUCCUCGUACUCCAACGAUUCCGAGAAAGUACUUCAACCCACCAGAACCGAGAGCGCUUCCUCCAAACCCCUAUGAUCCUUCCCAUUUCUGAGUAUGGACAGCCAAAAUUGUGCCUUUCUCGGGUAUUUCCACGUGUAAUAUGUAAUGUUCAAUCCCCUGCAUGUUAUGAUUGCUAUCUGUUAAUAACUGUAUCCGCAGAUUAAUAAAUUCAUUUCUUCCUUCGUCUU